AUGCAGAAAUCUGUAGUGUUUGUCCACCUGCUUUUGUCUCUGGUCGUCCCCUCACAUGCCGGCGUCAAACAAGAAGACUUCACCGGUAUCGGCCACAUUCAUGUCCUCAACUCCAGCGACUGGCAAACAGCAACACCAGACCUGAAGGUAGGAUGCAUGGACGCAAGUGGCAAGUUCGUCAAGGAUGUUUCCGAAGAGAGCUGUGGUGUGUUUGCGCGGCUAGCAGAGUAUCCAUAUACCCUCUCGACCUCGGAGGGCAACUGCACCUUUGAAGACGACAGGCAGGAAAACAACGGCGACAGUCUGUACGGCCAGAUGGACUACGCAUGGAACUGUGGAAAGGAUUACAAGACUAGUAUUUACGACGAACUCUACACUAUCACCGGCCUCCCAUACGUCUUCCUCUGCUUCGGAGACAUCGCAUGCUUCUACGACGCCAAGCGCGUUCCUGCGCCUGCGGAGCAGCUCUCGCUAUGGCAGUUCCACUGGGGUUCCCAACAAUUGGGCAUCACGCCAGGACACAUCCAGUUGCUGUUGAUGUGGGACAAGAUUGGCGAUCUGCCGAAGCGAGAGGACAGCAGCAGCGUGAUCCCAGGCCCGCGUGUGGAACUUGAGAGUGGGCAACAGGUACCCUUGCUUGGGAAGAGGGUGAAGGCGUUGGAGGUUUGA